UUGUAAGGUUGGCACGCACCCAUUCACAGGGAUAUUUUAUUAAGAGAAUUUUAACAUUCAUGAAAUGGAUUAAAAUGCAAGUAUUAUGCAGACUAUAGUAAUUUUUUGCAAAGAAUGCAAGAUGAAGUUCCAUUUCAAAGUUUGACAGUUAGCAUUAAGGAAGCACUAUAUAUGUAACCCCAAAAAUGGAAGCGAAGCAAUCUUAUUCAGACAUUUCCUCACUCCUAAUGGACCAUCUCCAAAAACUCCGGCAGGUUUCCGGCAGAAGUCGGGAAGAUUCCGAAGUUGAGCGAUGUUUUCCGGAAAUCAGAUCGCCAUUCAAAUCAACAGAUGGGAAUCUGUUUAAAUUCCCUCGGGACUAUAGAGAAAAUAUGGAGACAAAUAUCAGAAACUAUAUACCAUCUCCGAAAAGUAGCAAAACUUCAUGUGCACUUUAUGGAGAAAAUUCAGACUGGAUGAUGGCAGAGAAGACAAAGUCUCGAACACCUCCUGCAUCACCUGCAACACCAUCUAGCUCUAACAGUGCCUUCAGAUACUCUCCAUCAGUGACGAAACAACAUAGAAUAGAAAAUAAAGUGGCGGAUCGAGGUCCGAAUGUGGCGGGAGACGACGAAAUAGUUUACUGUGUUCCUAGAACUAUAGUCACGGACCUCAAAUCCCAGAAAGACUGUUCCACUGUAGAACAAACUCCCACAAAGCAAAACUACGGAUCUGAAGUCAUCUCACCUUUUCGGAGAUCCUCGCCUAGUCCCAGUCAUUCGGAAGAUUUGUUUCGCGGUCGUCAGUCAGACACUGUUGAUAAUGGAACAUUUGAAGAAAGGCAGUCAGAACGUGUUCGGAAACAACUCAACUUUGAUGCAUGCUCUUUGAGCAAGAAAUCAGGAACUAUAGAUGACCUUUACUACUCGUCAGAGAGGUCCCGAAGUCCUUGUAAACGAAGGGAAGUAAAUGAGGAUGAGUAUGAGGAUCACACGACCUCUCGUCUUGUCCUUCAACUUCUGUCUCAAAUCAAAGGUCAAGGGCGGAAGCGGAAGGCCUCUGACUGCUGCAGCUGUGACUGCGACUCGGAGAGUGAUAGGGAUAGUUUCAAAAGACAGCGAAAUGAUUAUUUUUCUAACCAGUUCCGAUCAGAAAAUGAAUUUAACUGGAGACGAUUUACAGAACAACAGGAAGUACUCCCGGACAACUGCACAUGCGCACUCAUGGAAAAAGAAUUCCUAAAGAUGGCUGAACAUGCCUACAAGAAUAUUAGACGUCAAGACGGAAGUUCAGAAAGUUUUGUUCGCUUUCAAAAGGAACUUUCAGAAACCAACACCAUCAUCAACGAGUCGUUAUCAGUGCUAAAAAAUAUGAAGAACAUAUGUGAACACCGCCAUAUUAAUAAAUAUUGAUUUUCUUUUUCGAGAGUUCACAAGAUUUGACGCCGUCCAACUGGUGUGUGGUCUCAAAACCUUCGUAAUAUUGUAUAUAGUUUAUUGUUUUUUUUUAAAACUACAAUGUAACGUGUUCAAUCAACCUUUGCAAGCCAAAGUGUUCGACAAAUUUUACAAUCUGAGCUAUAUAAUUGUGUUCAUAGUUUUAUAUAGAUUAUUUAUUGAUGCUACCAACACUGCCCGUGUAUAUUUUUAUAUGAUUUUUUUUUAAUCAUGCGUAAAUUGUAUAUACAUUUUUGUACUUUACAGUGAACAUUUUUUCAUCGCAUAUCUCCUUUCAUUGAGAAUACCCACCUUGUAAAUAUGUUUUUGUAACAAGUCUAUCUUUUUUAAAAAAAAAUGUUUGCCUGCCCUCUUCCGACUCACAAAAAAAAAAUGGGUAGGUAGAUAGGAGGAAUUUAAAAAAAAAAUGCUAAUAUAAAAAAAAAUUAAGAUACAGCUGUAAUUGUUGACGGGAAUAGAAAAAUGUCGGAAUGGAAAAUAAAGAAAUCGUUUCAUGGAGCUAUAAAGAAAUGUUUUGGGUGGGGCCAUUUUUUCAGUCAGUCGGGAGAGGGCAAGCAAACAUUUUUUUUAAGGAUGGACCAAUCGGUUUUUGUUAUGUAGUAUUUUUUUUUUCAAACAUCGUGUUUGAAGUAAUGGUGUUUAAAUUACAUUCUUGAAACAUUCCAAGAUGCAGAUGUCCAUUUUCGUCAAUUUGACCUAUGAUCACGCUUUCUUUGUUUUCAUCGCAUUCUAUUUGCUGCGGUCCUGAUAUUAGAUGCGGAGCUGUGACAGAGGUCGGUUGACAAAAGAUGGCGCUGUAUGGCUCUUCAUUAGGCUGUGAUAAAAACUGUGUACAAAGAUUAGAAAUCUAGAUGUAACAAAUUAGAUCUUAAAGAAGCUUCUAUUAAUACAGAUAUUUAUUUCUUUGUUUCUAAAACAAAACUGUAGUUCUUAGAGUUAACUUAUAUUCGGGAGCACAUAUUCGAUAUUUAUUUAUCUAUAUUCUAUAUAAAGAAAAUGAUAAUAAUAUAUUAUUUGUUAACAUUUAGAGAGACAUCUUUCCUCUCCACUCA